AUGGUUGUUGGAAGUCCUGCAAUGAAAAUUAAAUAUAGCUAUUUGGAAUAUUUAUUAAUAUUUUUUGGUUUCGUAUUAAACAAAUGUUUUGGUAACAAAUACAAUGUUUUGUUUGUUGUUAUUGAUGAUCUGCGCCCUCUGGCGGAUCAAAAUGUGCAUCUGCCCAAUAUAUAUAAAUUGGCGCGAAAAGGGCUGAAUUUCAAAUCUGUUUUCGCACAACAAUCACUUUGUGCUCCCAGUAGAAAUUCUAUGUUAACUGGGCGCCGUCCAGAUAGUUUACAAUUGUACGACUUCUAUAGUUACUGGCGUGAUACUGUCGGUAACUAUACCACAAUACCGCAGUUUUUCAAAGAAAAAGGUUAUGAUACUUACUCUGUUGGUAAAAUUUUCCAUCCUGGAAAAAGUUCUAACUAUACUGACGAUUAUCCAUUUAGUUGGUCGACUCGUCCUUAUCAUCCGCCAACUGAAAUGUUUAAAGACGAUGCUGUCUGUAAAGAUAGACACACAAAGAAGUUUCAGAAGAAUUUAAUUUGCCCAGUAAACGUGCAUCAACAACCUGGAAACACAUUACCAGAUCUGCAAUCUUUGGAAUAUGCUAUCAAUAUCUUGAAACGAAACCUUAGUGAAUCAAAGCCUGUAUUUCUGGCUAUUGGUUUUCACAAGCCUCAUAUUCCUCUAAAAUUCCCCAAAGAAUACUUAGCUGCAAUACCGCUACAAAACGUGACACUGCCAACAGUCCCCUAUAUGCCGCAAGGGAUGCCUGUAGUCUCCUGGCAUCCUUGGACUGAUGUAAGAGAUCGGGAUGACAUAAACAGGCUAAACAUUACAUUCCCAUUUGGAACAAUGCCAAACAAAUGGUCUAGGAAAAUCAAACAAAGUUACAUAGCUGCUGCCUUGUAUAUUGACGAUCUAAUAGGAAUACUAAUGAGCUAUGUAGAUACUAGGAACACUAUUGUAGUCUUGACUAGUGACCAUGGCUGGUCCCUGGGAGAAAAUGGUCUAUGGGCUAAAUACAGUAACUUUGAUGUGGCCUUAAGAGUGCCUUUAGUUAUAAAUGCCCCUGGAAUCGAACCUAAAGAGAUAACAGUACCUGUUGAAUUAAUAGAUAUAUUUCCGACACUAGUGGACAUAGCUUUUGGUGAUGAAAAUAUACCGAAAUGUCGUGAUUCAGAAGACAAAAAUGAGCUAUGUUUUGAAGGAAAAAGUUUGCUACCCCUAAUUGAUGAUGAUCAAUCGCCCGGUGAUUAUGUAGCAAUAAGCCAGUAUCCUAGACCUAGUGUUUACCCUGAAAAAAAUUCAGACAAACCUAGACUUAAAGAUAUAAAAAUUAUGGGAUAUAGUAUAAGAACGACAACUCUCAGAUAUACGGAAUGGAUUUCAUUUAAUAGUACAUGUUUUCAUAAAAACUGGAAAAACAAUUAUGGAAUAGAAUUGUACAAUCAUACAACGGAUCCAACGGAAUCUAAAAACUUGUAUUUAGACCCUUAUUAUCUAGACACUAGAAAAGAACUCUCAGCUUUGCUGAGGACUAAGGUAGGAUGAUAUCAUACCUAAACAGUAAAUAUUUUUUAUUCACAUGUGAAUAAUUAUGCUUAUGUUACAUACUUUUAAAUAUACAGGUUGUACCUAAAAGCCAGUGUCCAGCGGUGACACUAGGCCUACUAGGAAACUGUAGGUACAUGUGCGUCUUAGGACUUCGCUUGACACUACAUUUUAUCACCUAUUUUGUAUACCUAUUUCAAAUGCAUUGUGACUUUCCCUAUUGUUUU